UCUGUUUUUUCUUCUUCUUCGUGAAAUUCAUUUUCGGGUCGCCGAGAAUAUUCUUCAAGUCAUCGAGUCUUCUUCCGAUUGUAGCGCCCGAGGAUCCCCAGAUCAAAGGAACUAGAACCAGAUGAACUGAACGUCUACAUAGUACACUUACCAAUUGCAAAGUAAUGGCCUCCUUAACUUUGUCAGCAUCUCUCACAAAGAGGCCUUUUAUCAUCAACAGCCAAUUCUGCAGUUCAAGGUUCCAAAAAGCAUUAGCUCCUUCUUACAAACCCACAGUCGUCAAUCAUCGUCUCAAAGCUCUACCUUUAUUUUGCUCCAAACUGUUUUCUUGGGAAGCAUCAUCUCCUUACACCCCCAUCGAGGACGAAGACAACAGCAUUAUCAAGCAAAGUAACAUUGUCGAUUCUGUUGAUACUGAAGACUUUCAAGAACUAUCUAAUGUCCAGAGUAAAGAAACAGUCUUUGAAAUAAAAAGUGAGCAAACUUCUCAGCAUCAACCGCUUAAAUGGCCAAUGUGGCUUCUGGGUCCAUCGGUUCUAUUGAUAACGGGUAUGGUACCGACUCUUUGGUUGCCUCUUUCCUCUGUAUUUCUCGGUCCCAAUGUUGCUGGACUCCUUUCAUUGGUCGGUCUAGACUGUAUAUUUAGCAUGGGAGCGACUUUGUUUCUUCUCAUGGCUGAUUCUUGUGCAAAGCCUAAAGGAGGAGGAAUAAACUUAUCAUCAAAUGGAAGUCAAGUUCCUAUUAGUUACAGGUUUUGGAAUUUGUGUGCAAGUUUCGUUGGCUUUAUUGGUCCUUUAUUAAUGUUGUUUGCUUCGCAUAAAGGCUAUUUUCAACCAAAGCUACUGUCCAUUUCGUUUUUGGUGUUGCUUGGACCCUAUCUCCUGCUUCUAGCGACGCAGGUGCUGACGGAGACACUGACAUGGCACUGGAAGUCGCCCGUGUGGCUGCUUACUCCGAUUGUUUAUGAGGGGUAUAGAGUGUUGCAAUUGAUGCGAGGGUUGCAGCUAGGAGUUGAGAUUGGUGCGCCUGAGUGGAUAAUGUUGAGUAUUCGAGGGUUGGUUUCUUGGUGGGUUUUGGUUUUCGGGAUUCAGCUCAUGAGGGUUGCUUGGUUUGCUGGUAGAGAUGUGAGGAUUCAGAGACGAUCUUGAGGUAAUCGAGGUGUGUUUCUGGUUGACCUUCUUGUGUAUUUGCAACAAGUUAAGGAUGCAUCUGAUGAUAUAGCGAAGCAUAUUUGUAAAAGUCCUGAUUUAAACUGUUUUUUGUCUGAUCUAAAGGGUUGGGUCUGGUUGUUCUAAAAUGUUGAGAAGCUGGCACCAUGAUCAAACCGGUCAUUGCUUCAUGUUUUCGAAAUGCAAGUAAGUUGGUAUCGGAUCCUUGGCCUGCAAGGAUUGAGGAUGUUGGUGAUGGAGAGCCCUAGUAUAUUUGUGAGCUCUGAUGUGCAGUCAUUUUCUUUCGCUUUCAACUCUUUAUUAUCGGAUUUUCUCGGUCCUUCUA